AGUAGUCCUUCAGAAGGCGUUUUCGUCAGAGAAGCUUCGGUUACCAAAGGAGCAGAUAGACGAAAGCAGGGUACCAUAUAUAUAGUUGAAAUGUGUUCGAGUGAACAUGAAGCUGUUGUUGAGGAGAUUGGAAAUUGCUUCAGAGCCUAUGGCAUGGGUCGUAAUGCUCCUAUACAAAUUCUUGGACAGCCACUUCAUGACGCGCCAGAUGGAUCUCGCAAAGCACCGGAUCUUGCUGUUCGUCCUCAUCCCACUUACGUUCCGGACCCUCCCGUCCCACAUCCUGGUCCUCCGCCCAGCGAUAGAAGAGGAAACCCUUAUGCGAGAAUAAUUCUUGAAGUAGCUGUUAGUCAAAGUUUCUCUGACUUGAAGGACAAGUGUAGGCUUUGGAAACAACAAUCGUAUGUACGAUCUGUACUAGGUAUUAAACUUUACGAUGCGUUGGCUAUACGCAAUGCAACAACAGGACGCAGAGAGCGGGCUAUGAAGGCCACGCUUUGGCGACAAGGAGUCGCAAGGCAGAAGUGGCAUUUUGGGACUGUAGAUAAAAACGGCAAUCAAUUUCCUCUUGGCACAAAUGUUUGUAAUACUGCGAACAACUCAAACUUCAUCAUUAAUAUCCCCGUUGCCAACAUAUUUUAUGAUCCUCCAAUUCCUGCAAUUGGAUAUACACCUUUAGCUCGUCCUCCUCCAGCAAUGUAUAAUGCUGUUGUUGCGAUAGAUCUGUACGAAGUUCAGCAGGCUGUUUUAAUGAAUCAAGCAAAAUAA